ACACUAGAUCAAAUCAUAGGUACCUUCAGUUUCGGUGAUUCUGAAAAGCUUGAUGAGGAGAUAAUAUUCAGCUUGAUUUCUCAACUUCCCACACUCCACUGUCUCCAGAAACUCUAUGUAAAUCAUGUCCCUUUUAUAAAAGGCAACCUGAAAGAAUACCUCAGGUGCCUGAAAAAGCCCUUGGAGACACUUUGCAUCAGUAACUGUGACCUCUCACAGUCAGACUUGGAUUACCUGCCCUAUUGCCUGAAUAUUUGUGAACUCAAACAUCUGCAUCUUACUGAUAUAUAUCUAUGUGAUUUACUCCUUGAGCCUCUUGGGUUUCUCCUUCAGAGAGUUGGAGGUACCCUGAAAAUCCUGGAAUUGGAGUCAUGUUGUAUAGUGGACUUUCAGUUAAGUGCCUUGCUGCCCGCCCUAAGCCAAUGUUCUCACCUCAGAAAGAUCACUUUUUAUGAUAAUAAUGUCUCUCUGCCUUUCUUGAAACAACUUCUACACCACACAGCCCUGCUGAGUCAGCUGAUCUAUGAGUUUUACCCUGCCCCUCUGGAGUGCUAUGAUGACAGUGGUGUAAUACUAACACACAGAUUAGAAAGUUUUUGUCCUGAGCUCCUGGAUAUACUUAGAGCCAAAAGACAGCUCCAUAGUGUCUCCUUUCAAACAACCCAAUGCUCUAAAUGUGGUGGGUGCUACAUUUAUGAUCAGGAGACCCAAUGUUGCGAUUUUGUGAAACUACUAUUAGAUUGA